GUCCUUGCUUGUAGCCUUGCGGAGGCCGUGUAAGCCGGGGCCGCAGCCGCGGGAGUGUCCUGAGGCCUCGGGUAGGGGAAGGGCGAGGUCAAGGUCAGCCUCCUGGAGGGGUUCCAGGUUUGAAUCCCACCCUGAGUGAAAUGGAGAACUUUUGUACCCCCGACCCCAGGGACCCGAGUGGAGGUGUCCCUCCCGAAGCGCCCCAUGCUGAAGACGACUCCUUGCUGUUCCUGCCCCUGCCCUGGCUGCUGGUGUGAUGAGUAACACGACAGCACCCAGUGCCCCGAGGGCUGUCAGCGACUCCAUGGUGGGCUAUGUGCUCGGCCCCUUCUUCCUCAUCACCCUAGUAGGGGUGGUGGUUGCUGUGAUGAUGUACAUCCAGAAGAAGAAACGGGUGGACAGACUCCGGCACCACUUGCUGCCCAUGUACAGCUAUGACCCAGCAGAAGAGUUGCAUGAAGCUGAGCAGGAAUUGCUCUGUGAGGUGGGGGAUCCCAAGGUGAGUGUUCAGCCCUUCCAGGCCCUGUCAGCCCAGUUGGGAGCCCUGGGCCCCCUCGAGUUCUCCUGGGGGUUAUUUUGGUCAUUGGGCUUUUCUGGGCUGGUGAAGAGUGGGGAAUGA